AUGACAGCCGUCGCGAGUCCUCCUACCUUGUCGCAGCAUAACAGGCCGGCAUGGGGCAUGAACGGUCACCGUGGAGUGCAGAGCAUUGAAAUGAACCCGGAAGAGCUGAACCGCAUGUUUAUGCCGCGGAAAAGUCUGCAGCGGAACAACUCGUCCUCGUCUAUAUCGUCGACGUCGUCCGCCUCGUCGACCACGACCGUCGUCGGCCCAAACGCCCAGCAGCCACCACAGCCCAACGGAACCGCCAAUGGGGCCCCCAUGUCAGCAGCGGGCGAUCUAAGUUCGUGGGCGAACGCUGGCCCGCGAAAGCGCCCUCAAGGUAAAGGCGCCCCGUGGCCCGCGCCCAAGUCCGACGGCCCUUCUGAUUUCACGAGGAUGGUGUCUCGUGGGCCGCAGCUGAUGGCCCUGAACGGGUCCGCCCCGAUGCACGCCCCUGCGCCCAUCCUGCAGUCACAGCCGCAAAUGUCCACGCAGCAGGGAAUGCCGCGACCUGCCGCCGAAGCCCUCUCUCAGGGCGCCCAGCCCGUCCUAUAUCUGCUCUCCCUCAACGGCACCUUUGAGCGCAAGACGAUAUCUGUUCCUUUCUCCCCUGACACCCUUAGGAUAGGUCGUCAGACGAACGCAAAGACAGUCCCUACCCCGACCAACGGGUUCUUUGACUCCAAAGUCCUCUCCCGCCAACAUGCCGAAAUAUGGGCCGACCGACAGGGCAAGAUUUGGAUACGCGACGUCAAGUCGUCCAAUGGAACCUUCGUCAAUGCGACCCGACUGUCUCAGGAGAACCGCGAGUCCGAACCCCACGAAUUACAGACAGGUGAUCACCUCGAGCUGGGAAUCGACAUUGUCAGCGAAGACCAGAAGACGGUCGUUCACCACAAGGUAGCAGCAAAAGUUGAGCAUGCCGGCUUUUUGAAUACUUCCAGCAACCUACUAGAUAUGAACUUCGGGGACCUCGAUCCCGCAAACGGAGGUGCAAUGAUGAUGCAGCAUCCCGGAGGCAUGCCCUUCAACAGAGGACGUACGGGUAGCCAAGCAUCCAUGGCCGGCAACGGACGGGUGAUGCCAGGCAACGCCAUGAUGGGCCCACAAGCGAAUGGGAUGGCCCAACAACGCGCAGGGUUCUUCUUUUCGCCCAUCAGCACAGAGCAGAUUGUGAAAAGGCUUCAGACCGAGAUGCGCACUGCGCGCCUUCAGGCACAGGAUCUUAACCGGACCGGUCACUUCAUCGGUACCUUGCUAUCGAAGGAUGAUAUCAAGGAUAUGGGCAAGCCAGAGGCCCCGGAACUCCUGAAGCCGCAAAUGGUCAACGGAAAUGGCGUGUCGUUCAUGAGGGCAGACAGCAAGACGCGCUUCUCGGACCCUCCUGCGCCACCACCUCAACAGCCUCUCCCCGAGAAGCCCGACGUCCCGUCGCUGAAGCGUGGCAUCACUGAGCGGCCCAAGACCAACGUUUCGAGUGCCAAUGUCUCGCCGAUACGCCAAGACGGCAAUGUCAGUCAAAUACUACAGUUGACAGAGGCCCUGAACAAUGCCAAGAAGGAGCUGGAGGCACAAAACUCUCGCAUGCGGCAUUUGGAGGAAAAACUGGACAAGGAGCGUGAAGCACGUGAAAUUGCCGAGGAACUCGCCAGGAGACUGGAAGAAGCUGCUGCCCUUAGGGUGAACGGUGCUGCUGUCAAACCGGAACCUGUUGAGGAGCCGACCUUGGCCUUAGAGGAAGCAUUCGAGCCACCGGCAGAUAGCCCAACAGAGGCCGAUGCUGAGACGCCGACUAAUGCUGUUGCAGACGCACAGCCAGCAGCCCCACAGGUCGAAAGCAUAGAGGCAUCGGCCAGUCAGUUGCACAGUCAGCUGGAGUCCAUGGUUCUCGAGAUGAAAGACCUCAGACAACAGCUCGAUGUGUAUAAGGCACGAGCCGAAAUCGCAGAAGCUGAGAGAGAUAACGACCGGAAGAGUUUGGCUGAGAUGGCCUUACAGAUCAGAAAAGACGCCGACGCGCGUGAGACUGCUGCCCGUGAGUUGUCACAGCUAAGGUCUCGCGCCAGGGCAAUCGAGACUCCCGAAACCGCCAGUGAGACCUCGGAGGAAUCGGCUUCCAUGGUAAGAACACCGUCAACAGAUUCCAGUGGAGGCCAAAUAACGCCAGGGGUUCCUAACGAUGCCCCAACUUUAUCGCGGGCGAACACUAUCACUCCGUACACGGCAAAAUCUGGACAGCUCGCACAUGAACAGGCACUAGCAAACGGCUUGCCGUACGCGUCUAUGCUUGGCGUGGUGCUUCUUGGGAUGGGGCUCAUGGCUUACAUCAAUGGCUGGCAGCCACAGCCAACACGACUUGAUCGGUAG